AGUUGUUCAUGGUUAGGAUAAAUGCGGUUACCAGAUGUUUCUGUCAGUGAUUGGCAUUUUCAGGACCAAAUCUCACUGACGUCUCAUUCUCCUGUAUAGCCUUCGAAAACAGCGCUUUACUCCAGUCAACCCCUCUUUGGUCUAGCCAACAUGAAUCAUAAAACACUCCCUGAACAAGCUGUGGAAUCUGGGCGAGAAAUGUUGAACAACGGGAAAUCAUCUUCAUUUAUGAUGGAAAAUAUAUUAAAGCCCGACAAAUUUGCUACAAGACUACAAGAAUUUCGUGGUGAGGCUCCAUCCAAGAUCAAAGCCCUUUCAGUGGCAGCCCAGCUCGCAGAUAUCAUUCUAGAGGCCCGGCGGGGUUCUUCUGCGACACAGCUACGUCGCUCACGCACCAACUUCACACGUUACCAGCUACGAAUUCUAGAAAAUACGUUUUCCAAAACCCAUUAUCCAGAUAUUGCUCUAAGGAAAGAGCUCGCAACAAGUACAAGUCUUCCAGAAUCACGAAUACAGAUUUGGUUUAAGAACAGAAGAGCAAAGUUCAGACGAAGUGAGACAAGUUGCAACAUUUGUUCAUCAACUUCAUCUCACCAUACACCCUACCAGGCAUUUCAAAGAGACUCUGCCUAUAUAUUAGGCUCGUCAGUAGGGUUGUCAAAUCACGAGAGACCAGCAUUUCUCAUGGCUACCCAUGUGGUGGAAAAUAGCCACCAGGGUUUCCACUUCCCACUAUACGGCUCCUGUAGCCCCGAGAGUUCUACAUAAACACAACCGGACGCACAAACGGCCAGGCCAUCACUGGUAUUUUUCAUUAUGCUGCGUCUUGUCUCUUGACUCACUGCUAUGAUACCAUUGAAACUCUACUAUAAGAAUCAGGCAGACUUCGAAGACAAAACUGUUGCUUCUAUGUAGUCUAAGGCGUUUCUUUAACAAUGUCGGGUGAAGGAGCCUUCAUCAUGGGCUUCACCUCACUAUCGUUAACGAAUGAUUCUUAUAAUAACAACAAUAAUAAUUAUAAAAUCUUCAACAAAGCAGACUUUUAUAGCUGAACGAGAUCAUUUACACCCUGCCGGGAAAAACUAUCCUUAAGCAGG